GUCAGUUGGGGAAUUUAUUUUUAAAUUACUGGUUAUUAUUCUUCAUUUGUUUUGGAACAUUUCAUUUGUACACAUUUUGGGAGCUUAAUCGCUUAAAAUACUGUUUAAUAAUAAAUUCACAACACUGUUACAGUUACGCCUUGGCAGGACGGCCUGCCUCAUACCAAUAUUCACUUAACCACUCCAAAUGUAGAAUAACGUAAUCUUGGUCCACCCAGACUACUAGAAUGGCUAGUGAGAUGCUAGUGUUCUGUCCUAGCUUUGUGAUAUUAAUUUGUAUGCAUUCCAGUUUUAGUAAUCUUAGAAUCAGACGAUAUUGCCUCCAGAUCUUUUUUAUUCAAACUACUAGUUCGGUGUGCAGUAAGUCUUUAUGCUCUAAUACUCGGAAGUCUUGGAGUGUGGGAGGCGGGCUUUAGCUAGAGCCACCGCCUCCUUGAUACGUGGCUUCAAUCAGGUCGUCUUUGCGCACAUAGAUACGCGCUGUUACGCAACUGGAGAUCAUUAUUUCUCGUACAGAAAUUAUAUCGUCUUGUGUGCAGAAAAUGAGUGGUCGAGGAAAAGGCGGGAAAGGUCUUGGGAAAGGAGGCGCCAAGCGUCAUCGCAAAGUUCUUCGUGAUAAUAUCCAAGGUAUCACUAAGCCAGCUAUUCGUCGUUUGGCUCGCCGUGGAGGAGUCAAGCGUAUUUCUGGUCUCAUCUACGAAGAGACCCGAGGAGUGCUAAAGGUGUUUCUGGAGAACGUUAUCCGCGAUGCAGUCACCUACACCGAGCACGCCAAGAGAAAGACCGUCACCGCUAUGGAUGUGGUUUAUGCUCUAAAGCGUCAGGGUCGCACUCUGUACGGCUUUGGUGGGUAAACCUAUAUUUCAGAAAUGCGUUUUGCAUCUACCCAAAGGCUCUUUUAAGAGCCACC